AUGGACUUCAGCGCCACGGCGGAGCAGGGGGUGCGCCGCACGAUGGAGGACCAAUACGUCAUGCUAGGCGACGGGAUACCUUUCUUUGCCAUCUACGACGGACACGGCGGAACGCAAUGUGCCGAGUACCUGCGCGACCACCUCCACAAGCUCAUCUUAGGCCAUCCUGAGAUCAUGUCGAGCCCAGAAAAGGCUAUAUCUGACAGUAUUAUAAAGACGGAUAAUGAUUUUUUGAAGCGACCAGAGGAAGACGGGAAUGAAUCCGGGUGUGUGUGUGUUGUAGUCGUAAUUAUAGAUGAUACAUUUGUGAUCGGCAACGUGGGUGACUGCGAGGCGGUGCUCUGCCGUGGCGGUACCCCAAAUGUGCUAACCGUCAAACACACUUUGCAGAGUAACGCAAAAGAGGUGGAGCGGGUGCAUGAUGCAGGGGGAAAAAUCUUUCACAAUCGCGUUGGCCAUCCUAAGUUCAACCCAAGUGUCAUUAGCCUAGGUGUUACGCGUGCUAUUGGCGACGCAGGAUUUAAGUUAGAUAUGUACACGGAUGGAAAGCCCUCCGGCAUCAUUUCAAAUCCGGAUACUAUCUCUGUUAAGUUGACUAGUGAAGAUGAAUUUUUAGUUGUUGCCAGCGACGGUCUCUGGGACGUGAUGUCGUACGGGGAGGUUAUCGACUUUUGUUCGCGACGAUUGAAAUCUGGAGAGACCGCGCAGACAAUCACUGAUGAGUUGACGCAAGCAGCUCUGAAUAAGGGCGCCACAGAUAACGUCACGAUAAUAUUGAUUUGCCUUGCGCGGCAUGAGGGAGACCCUCAGGGUGGUGAGUUUAUUUCCGAAGAUGCAGUGACAAGAAGUGGGGUAGAUGUAUCAGGCAAUGCAUAA